UCGAGUUGGUCUUAAAAUCGAAUGGAUUAUAUUUUGAGUUUGUGCAAUCGUAAAAACGUGAUAUUUGUAAUACUGUGUACAUUGAUUGUAACGAUCCACAUCUUGGACUAUGCAGGAAAGGAUAAUCAUAUUUUUAUCGAUCGCAAACAUCCUGUAUCUUCCAGGUUGUCCUUCGGUAUAUGGAGAAACUAUACUGAACAGUCCAGGAUACGAGGAGGAUAUUGUUAUCGAGGAUCGUGCGAAGGCGGCAGCGUUGCGUAGUAAUAAAGAUUCGUAUCUUCGUAAAGAAGAGUCGAGAAGCGAGUUACUCGGAAAGUGGAGGAACAAUGGCGAAGCUUUGGAACCAAAAUGGCGUGACGGUGAUGCUGUACCUUUCCUACCCUUUUCUCAAUUUGCUCGAACCUAUUCUCAAAAAGAUUCUGAUUUGAUAGGAGAUGAUAAUUCCUAUGACGUAGUUUAUCGUGAUAAUAUUAAUUAUCGUAGACUUGACGAAGAUCGUGAAAACCAUUACGUCGAUUCUCGACAAGAUAGACCAUUUUCUCUUCCCGAUGAUUCUUCGACGAUGCGAUUGGAGGAAAAAAAACAUGGAAGACAAUUGCGCGGGAAGAUUGAACAAGUACCAGUUGAGACUUUUCCGAAUGAUAAAUUUCUACGAAACGAUCGAGUUGGUUCUACCGAUUAUCGAGAUACUUUUCAAAUUCGUCCAAAUGAAUACGAACAUGAAUUAACCGACGAAGAACAUUUGAAACCUCGACCGAGAAAAAGACGUCCACCUCAGAACGAAGAAUUCGUUUUGAGCGCUAAAGAAACUUUGCGUCACGACAGAACAAAAGCUUCUUCUACUUUACAAUCUAAUAAUAAUAUGGAGGAAGCUUCUCCGAAGAAAAUCGAAGCUAUUAAAUCUUUAUUGAAAAUGCAACAAGAGGAAGGUGUUAGUAUUUCAGAAAUAUUACGUCGGAAAAAUUUGACUUUAACAGAUCUGUUGAAAGGUAAGGCGGAUGUAAUUAGUGCAUUAAAGAUGGAGGAAAUAGAUGAAAUCGGCGAUGAUAUUGAACAAAUUUCUAUGGCAAUGACGAGUACGUUGGCUAAAUUACCGUCUACGACUUUUCCAAGUAUAUUUCAUGUUUCGUCUUCAAAAUUAAGCGACAUAAUGACGAGUGAAAAAACUACUACGAUCGAUCAUUCGUUGAAGAAAAUUGCACAGUUAAAAGAAACUACUACAGAAGCUGUUGCAACAGUUUCAUCCUCAGAAAUCUCUAUUGAUUUGAAUAAUAAUGACGAUAACGCCGAUCAAAAUUUAAAUUCUAUGCGAGGAGGAAUCUACAGCGAUGAGAAUCACGAUGAAAUUAUGGAAUUUUCAGAUUUUACGGAUUAUAAGAAAGGAAGAACUACCGCGUCGCCAAUUUGGAUUUCUUUGGUACCAGAAAAUAAUGCUAUUGUUCGUUCUAUGGAAAAUAUUAAUAUAAAUCGUACCAAUAGUGAUUCUACUGUGAGUAUCAUUAAAAUUUUGAAUCCAACUGUCGAGCCAUUUAUUGAGAAAACUUUUCAAGAAAAUGAACCAUUUAAUAAAGCUUAUACUGAUGCUAUAAAUAAGGAAGGUAAUUCAGCUGUCGCAGAAGAUCACUUUGAUAAUAUUUCUGAAGCAGAUUAUCAAUAUGAUGCACCUUCGAACGAUAUGAAACAGGAUAAUGAGGCGGGUGUGUUCUCUUUGAUAAAUAAGAAUGAUUGUAAAAAUGAUAGUGAUAAAGAUAAAACUAUAUAUUUAGAAAAGGAUAAAGAUCAUUCUGAAGAAUUUAUAUCAAAAUCCAAAAAUGAUUCAUCUUUCGAAGAAACAAUCAAAACUUUCUUCAGAGACCAUCCCAAUGUAGAAAAUGUGAUGUCGGAAGGUAAACAUUACGAGGAUAUCAUAUCGGAAAUAGAACCGGAAGCACGCGCUGAAAUUUUUGAAUUAUUUGCCUCUGGAUCUGGAGGUAAAAAUCUGGAACGUUUGUUGAAGUCCAGGAACAUGACCUUAGAAGAACUGAUUGCUUUACGUCAAAGAGGCUCCAGUAAAGUUCAUUUAGCAGAAGUGUCUCGUCUGAGAAAUCAUAAAGCUUUAAGAAUAUCAAAGGAUAAUCAAUUAUCAGAGAAAAAACAUCCUAACGAUCCUGAAGAAAAAAGUAUCAUUCCUGACCCUCAAAAUGAAACUGUUGAGAUAAAGAAAUUGAUAAAUAAAACAGAACAUGUUAGUACCUCGCAGAUUCCUCCAAAACUCGAUAAGGAAACAACAGAGUCUUCGUUUACUACAGAGAUUAGUUUUAAGAGUAUUAAAGAUCACAGUAAAAAAGAACACGAAGAAGAUCCAAAUCGUUUUAUAGAGAUUACAGAAUUAUUUAAUACCUUUACAUCUUCGUCGUCUGGUAAAAAUCAGGAUCAACGACUCUCUGAGAAUAUUAGAGAAACGUUAAAUAAUAAUAAGAUAAAUGACGUUAAAAACGAUUAUGCGACAAAAAUGAUUCGAAAUGAUACGGAAGUAGAUGUAAAUGUGGUAUACGAAGGAUCUAGGAAUAAUGUGAAAUACGACGAUUACGAUGAAAACGAAGAUAGAGAAAAAAGUUUAUCAAAAAUUAAGCCAAGUAUAAUAGCUAGUGGAGCUAUACUUGGUGUGACGAUAGUCGUAUUCCUUGCUAUCUUUGUAACUUGUAGAAUACGUCAUAAACAAAAGUAUAGAUACAGAAAAUCCUUCCCACGAACAGUAUUUCAAAGUCCGAUAGCGACAGCCAGAAAGUUGUCCAAUACGAGUAGCUUGAAUAAUAUAAUGGUGAGUGUAGUUGCCACUUCAACGGCAAAGAGGACGGAAAAAAAUGAUAUGCAGCAAACUAGUAGCAAUGACUACGAUCCCAAGUGCGAUAUUGAUAAUGAUUCACUCGAUGCUAAUGAUAGUUGGGAAACUAUACCGGAUUAUAUAAAAUGAGACAACAUAGUUUGUCUGUAAUUGAAAUAAGCACUUUCAUUCGAGAUUCAUUCAUGGUCGAAGAUCUGAAAUAAACGUGCAAUGGGCAUGUAUACUCACUGAAACUUUAUAUAAAACACUUAUGAGUAGUAAAGCAAACUCGUAUUAGAUGUUUUUGAAAGAAUAAUAAAAACAUCGAGUUCAUUAAUA